AAGAUGUAGGGAAAAAAUCAAUGGCGAAUUUGAAAGCAGUGGUUGUCAUCUCUGGGAACGAUAGUGUGAAAGGGUCCUUACAAUUCAUCCAGCAAUCCAACGGUGGUACCCAUGUGAGAGGAAGAAUAAUUGGUCUAGCUCCAGGUCGCCACGCUUUCCAUAUUCAUGCCUUGGGUGAUACCACUAACGGCUGCAAUUCCACUGGACCUCAUUUUAAUCCACUUAAGAAAGAUCAUGGAGCUCCCACGGAUGAAGUACAUCAUGCGGGUGAUUUAGGCAACAUUGUUGCUGGUCCUGAUGGGGUGGCGGAGAUAUCAAUUUCAGAUAUGCAGAUUCCUCUUAGUGGAGUACACUCCAUCUUGGGGAGAGCAGUAGUUGUGCAUGCUUAUCCUGAUGAUCUUGGAAGAGGUGGACAUGAACUUAGUAAGACAACUGGAAACGCAGGUGCAAGAGUUGGCUGUGGCGUUAUUGGGCUUCAAUCAUCUGUCUAAUGUUUGUGUUAUUCAGUUAAUCAUGUUUAACUAGCAAUACUCUCAAAUGUCUCAAAGAGCUGAUUAAUAAAAUAGUAGUGAUUUACCUCUCAGCUCAAGUGUUUGAACCUCAGUUACAUUUUGCUAGUGAAAAUAAUGAGUUACUUUUUCUA